UCAUUAAAAGUUUAUCAUACAUCUUGUUUUCAUCUUAGUUAAAAAUAGUUUGAGGGCAUUAUUAGAAUUAGAAGUUGGAUUUUAAUCAGAGAAGAAGUAUUUAAAUACAUUAAAAUAGUUCUAAAUUAUAUAAGUAUAAUAAUAUACAUAUUGAGCAUAAAUGGCUACUCUCGAAGAUAAAUCUAUUUGGGAAGAUGGAGAGGAAAUUUUGGGUGAAGAUGUACUACGAAUGUCUACUGAUGAAAUAGUAUCACGAACUAGGUUAUUAGAUAAUGAAAUAAAAAUAAUGAAAAGUGAAGUUAUGCGAAUUUCACAUGAACUACAAGCACAAAAUGAUAAAAUCAAAGAAAAUACAGAAAAGAUAAAAGUUAAUAAAACAUUACCAUAUUUAGUUUCUAAUGUUAUUGAAUUACUAGAUGUAGAUCCACAGGAUAUGGGAGAAGAAGAUGGUGCUGUUGUUGAUUUAGAUGCUCAAAGAAAAGGCAAAUGUGCUGUUAUAAAAACAUCAACUCGUCAAACAUAUUUCCUUCCAGUAAUAGGCUUGGUAGAUGCAGAAUCUUUAAAACCUGGAGAUUUGGUUGGAGUUAAUAAAGAUAGUUAUCUUGUUCUUGAAACAUUACCUGCAGAAUAUGAUGCUCGAGUUAAAGCAAUGGAAGUAGAUGAAAGACCAACUGAACAAUAUUCUGAUAUUGGAGGAUUAGAUAAACAAAUUCAAGAAUUGAUAGAAGCUGUAGUUUUACCAAUGACUCACAAAGAAAAAUUUGAAAAUCUGGGAAUACAACCACCAAAAGGUGUACUCUUAUAUGGCCCACCAGGAACAGGAAAAACUUUGUUAGCCAGAGCAUGUGCAGCACAAACUAAAUCAACAUUUUUAAAAUUAGCUGGACCACAGCUUGUGCAAAUGUUUAUUGGUGAUGGUGCAAAAUUGGUUAGAGAUGCAUUUUCUUUAGCCAAAGAAAAAGCACCAGCAAUUAUAUUUAUAGACGAAUUGGAUGCUAUUGGUACAAAGAGAUUUGAUUCAGAAAAAGCUGGUGAUAGGGAAGUACAGCGUACUAUGUUGGAACUUCUCAAUCAAUUAGAUGGAUUCAGUUCAACAGCUGACAUAAAAGUAAUAGCUGCCACAAAUAGAGUAGACAUUUUAGAUCCUGCCUUAUUGAGGUCAGGACGUUUGGACAGAAAAAUCGAAUUUCCUCAUCCUAAUGAAGAAGCUAGAGCACGAAUUAUGCAAAUUCAUUCACGUAAAAUGAAUAUGUCUCCAGAUGUUAAUUUUGAAGAGUUGUCUAGAUCAACUGAUGAUUUUAAUGGAGCACAAUGUAAAGCUGUGUGUGUUGAAGCAGGCAUGAUUGCUUUAAGACGUAAUGCAACUGCAGUUACUCAUGAAGAUUUGAUGGAAGCAAUUAAUGAAGUUCAAGCAAAGAAGAAAGCAAAUCUUAAUUACUAUGCUUAAUUCUAUUUUAUAUUCUUAUUUAUCAACAUAUUUUGUACAACAAAUAGAAAAGGAAGUUGCAUAUCUUAUGUUAUUUAUAAAUGGAAAUUGAAUUACAUGCUUGUGCAAUAAGCAAAUGCAUCUACAAUGCACUGAAACAUGUACCUAACAUAAGAAUUAAUAAAGGUCUAAUUCUUACUU